AUGGCGGCCAAGUCGGCGUUGGCCAUCACCAUUCCGUCCCAAGCCAGUAGCGGCGGUCUCGGCCGCGAAUCCGGCAUGGCGUUCUCCUCCACGCAAGCGUCGAGCUCUGGUUACACGUUGGAAGGCACGAAGAAGACGGGCAUGUCGGUGAAGACGAAGCGCGGCACCCUCGCGUCCGUCCGCGCGGCCGCCGAGGCGGAAGUUAACGCGCCCAAGGCUGCGGCGGCGAAGCCGGCGAAGGGUAAGAAAUAA